GUGAGUUUUCAACGGGCAUCUUACUUAGUGAGAUGAUCUCUGCACCUCGUAUUCCAACUUUAUGAUUGGGACAAUUUGCUGUGACAGAAGCCAUUUUCGGACGGACAUAUGUAUCAUGAAGGGUGAUAUAAGAACACGCUCUGCUUCCUCUUCAAUAUUCCUCUAUACCUCAAAAAAAACCAAUGGAUUCAUCAAUAAUGCUUCCCACCUUGUUGGAGCUGACAUAGAAGAGGAAUACAAGGAACUCCAACAUGAAAAGAUCAAACCAUAUACCCGGAAAUGGGAAACGAGUACAAUGGAUACCAUACAUGAAUUACACCUUGUAUCCAAGAGAAAAAAUAAGGGCACCGGUCAUCUCCAAUGUGAUGUGAUUCAUUAUGUUCCGGCUGUGGUAUUCUCAACCGGAGGCUAUACCGGGAACGUUUACCAUGAAUUCAAUGAUGGGAUUUUGCCAUUGUACAUAACAUCCCAACAUCUCAAUAAGAAGGUUGUGUUUGUGAUUCUUGAUUAUCACCAUUGGUGGGUAAGGAAGUAUAGGGAUAUCCUUGCGCAUCUCUCAGAGUAUCCGGUAAUCGACUUUGUCGGAGAUGGAAGAACACAUUGCUUCCCGGAGGCAAUUGUUGGCCUAAAGAUUCAUGAUGAGCUCACUGUGGAUUCUUCACUAACGAGUGGGAAUAAGAGCAUUGCGGAUUUCAGAAAUCUCCUAGACACAGCAUUUUCGUCUAGAGUUAGAAACCUUGUGGCUCAAGAAACCAAAGAAAAGGUAAAGAAGAAUCAAGGAAGGAAACCAAAUUUGGUCAUCUUGUCUCGGAAUGGUUCUAGAGCAAUAACUAACGAGAAUUUGUUGGUGGAAGCAGCAAGGAAAGUAGGGUUUCGAGUUAAAGUUCUGAAACCUAAAUGUACAACUGAACUUGUCGAGAUUUAUCAUAUUCUUAAUUCAAGCGAUGUUAUGGUUGGUGUUCAUGGUGCUGCCAUGACACAUUUUUUGUUCAUGAGACCUGGAUCUGUGUUGAUCCAAGUCAUACCCCUUGGAACAGAUUGGGCAGCAGAACACUAUUUUGAACAUCCUGCAAUGAAGUUUGGCUUGAAGUAUAUCAGGCACAAGAUCCUUCCUCAAGAGAGCUCUUUGUACUACAGCUAUGACAAAGUUGAUCCAGUUUUGAAAAAUCCAGAGAGUGUGACUAAAAGGGGAUGGCAAUAUACUAAGAAGAUUUAUCUCCAGAAUCAGACUGUGAAAUUAGACAUUAAAAGAUUUCACAAGCACCUUGUUCGUGCUUACGUUUACUCCAAAACCAAAAUGAAUCAACAUUUUCACUCUUGAUUUUGCCUCAAGAGUUGUCUCAAUUUUAAGUUAGAGAUCUCAUAUUUGAAUUUCAAGAUGGAUGAAGAAGAAGUAUUAAGAAGGAAGAACUAUGUUUUAUUAUAUAUUAUAAAAAAGUGUCUCAAAC